UUCGGAUUCAUUUCACCGAGAAACUUAACUUUCUUUACUUCUUCGCCAUCUCUUGCCGCUCACGAAAUCAUUACACUAUCUUAAUGUCAUCGGCGAGCAAAAUAUUUUGAAAAUUAAAUAAUUCUUCCUUUACACUUUUUUCGGUGGUGAUAGCUCGGUUGUGACCUUAGCGCCUCAUAAAUAAUGAAUUAUUUAAUAGUGUUGAUCGUUAUCGGUUUAUUGAAUAACUUAAGUGCAGUGAAGGGCGACCCAGAUGACGGAGAUAUUUCGAGAAUUAAAGGUUCAGAUGAAAGGGACGAUUCGUUGGGAAGAAAUGAAGAAGGAUCGUUGUGGGAGAAGCUAAAUUCUGGCAGAUCGCCUUCGGAUCGCCGCAGUAUUUAUUCCAGUCCGGACAUAAAUCUGGAAAGCGAUGAAAACGAAAAAGCAAAAUUCACUCUGAAAGAGUUCUUGGAAUAUUUCUCCAGGAAACAUACCAAAACGCCAGUAGUGUAUGAUAGCGUGGAUGUUCUACCUCACACUUUAGAUAAGCUAGCUGAUGAUGAAGGGAAGCGAGUGAAUGAUGAGGACAAGUCUAAAAGUUGGUCCCUGAUGGAUAUUCAAAAGCACAAACACCCGUUUGAAGACAAAAAAGGCUGGGUGAGUUUAGAACCAAUACCAUGGUCCGUAUCGAAAAUAUCCAAGUGGCAAAGUAAGUAUAAACCUUCAAGCGAACGCCCCUGGGACGAUUACGAUUCAGGAACAAGCUCCAGACCUCAUCUACAUAAUGAUGAUUUUAAACAUAAACGGCCUGUUUCUAUUACACCACCAAGUCCUUAUGUAUACCAUCCUCCUACAGAAACUUCUGACCGAUUCGACAACUAUUACGAAGACUCAGUAAAACCUGGAUCGUAUCUAACGUCACUAAAUGUGUAUUCUAGACCCACAGCAACUUACGGGCAUAAAGUUCAUGUCGAGACUCAUUUCCCGUCUAGUCCUUACAGUAGCACAACGAGGCCAUAUUAUCAUAAUGACAAAGAUUGCAGACAUCCAAACCAUCCAUAUGACGACAUAAUAACUGACGGUAUGCCCUCGAACUUUCCCCAGUCAUCUUCUUAUGAGGCUAUGAGACGCAAAGGAUCCGAAAUGGAAAUUCAUCCUGAAACUCAUCCUUUCGCCGGUGACGGUGACUGGAUACUUUUGUCAACAACUAAAGGAUACAAACCUCCAAGAAGCGGUAGACAGAGGUCUCUCAAUUUGGGGACGACCAGUGAAUCAUCUCAGGCCUUAACUACUACUAAGGGAGUAAAAUUAACAGUACUACCUCCGCUCAAAGGUUCCAAAGUGAAUAUGACCACAUCACACGGAGGCCUUCUUCAAGUCGAAUCUACAUUUGAUAGUGUUGAGCAAGCGAAACAAAAGUUUGACCAAAAACAGAAUUCUAUUAAAAUAAAAACCAAGAAAAGAAGAAAGGUUGCGAAAAAGAAGAUACCACAACUGCUCGAUCAAAGUCAAACGACAAUAGCGACAGUGCCAAGGGUGAAUGCUGAUCCUAGUGCAAUAAUGGCAGCAGUAGGCGCUGGCAUAAUUCCCGCAACAAUGGCUAUGAUGGUGCCCAUUGCAAUGAGUGGUAGCUAAUUUUUUUUGCUGGAUUUUUUUUAAUGAUAAUAUAUUACUGUAAAUUACAUAUUAAUAAUUUCAAUAUUUAUCUUAUAGAUAAAGAAGUUCAUAUUAUUUUUUUAAUUUAUAUAAAAUAUUUAUAUAGUACGGAUAGAAUUUAAGACUGUUUGAAAAUACUGUAUUAUGUACACAUAUACCUAGUUGUAAGUUUUGAAGUUGUGAUACAAGCUGUAUUAUCUGAAAGGUAAUAAGAAAACAAUUAAUGUAAAUUUGAAAAAGAUGAAGGAACAGUAAAGUGUUUCUGUGUAUUAAAAUUUCAGAUAAAUAAUUACUAAAAUAUUUAUUUUUAUAUGUUAAUAUAAAUAAAUAUACUUAAAUAAAUAAAUAAAUAAUGUCUUAACUUAUUAAUUGUUUAAUUAUUUAUUUCCGUUGAAUUGAUGGGUUUACGUCUCAUCAUAUCCUGUUUUUCUAGCCGUUCUCUGUAGUGCUCGUCUAUUUUGGAUUGAACUGCAGUAACGUAAUGAUGGACGUGAUCAAGAAUGUUAUCUCUUACUCUUUCGACAAGAUUUCUUGUCAUAUUUAGUUUAAUAUUUAAAAUAUCGAGAAACAGUUUAAA